CUUUGAGGGUGCCUCGCUUCUUGCCACAAACAUACCCAAUUUGCAAGCGAGAGAUUCCAAUGACUCAUUGUCUGAAAAUACACAGCUUUUCAUUAUCAUAAUUCUCGGAAAGUCUAGGUGCUGGGAGGACCAUCUCAUCCAAAUCGAACGCGUGCCCCUCGUGUCCCCAGACCUCGCAUUUCACGACCUUGGCCUGAAGAGCCCCUGUGCUAUCGAAAGAGACUACCUGACCUGGAACUAUGACUGCUGAUACGGAGACCCAAGGAGAGUACGAUGACGGUGGUUUGACCGGCCCUGGGGCUCCUACCCCGCUCUCCGCUCUGGAGGGUAUGGCUGGCUUGACUGCUCGAGAUAUCAAGCUGUUUGUGGAUGCCGGAUACCACACUGUCGAGAGAGUUGCGUUCACACCGAAGCGCCAACUGGAGCAGAUCAAGGGUAUCUCAGAGCAAAAAGCCAGCAAGAUCCUGGCUGAGGCUAACAAACUCGUUCCCCUUGGCUUCACAACUGCCACUGAGAUGCACGCCCGACGAAGCGAACUCAUCUCCAUUACAACCGGAUCCAAACAACUAGACACCCUGCUUGGCGGUGGUAUCGAAACGGGGUCAAUCACGGAAAUUUUUGGAGAAUUUAGAACGGGAAAAAGUCAGAUUUGCCAUACCCUUGCUGUGACUUGCCAAUUGCCCUUUGAUAUGGGCGGAGGUGAGGGCAAGUGUCUUUACAUCGAUACCGAGGGAACCUUUCGACCGGUUCGACUCCUGGCAGUUGCCCAACGAUACGGACUCGUUGGAGAAGAGGUCCUCGACAAUGUGGCUUAUGCUCGCGCUUAUAAUUCCGAUCACCAGCUACAGCUGCUUAACCAGGCCUCCCAAAUGAUGUGUGAGACUCGAUUUUCACUCCUGAUCGUGGACUCGGCGACCUCGCUCUACCGUACAGACUUCAAUGGGCGUGGUGAGCUUGCAUCACGGCAGACUCAUCUCGCAAAGUUCUUGCGCACGUUGCAGCAUCUCGCAGACGAGUUUGGCAUUGCUGUUGUUAUCACCAACCAGGUUGUGGCGCAGGUCGAUGGUGGCCCCAGUGCUAUGUUCAAUCCCGACCCCAAGAAACCUAUUGGAGGUAACAUCAUUGCCCACGCUAGUACAACACGACUCAGCUUGAAGAAGGGUCGUGGCGAGACUCGUAUUUGCAAGAUCUACGACAGCCCUUGCCUGCCCGAAAGCGACUGUCUCUUUGCCAUUAAUGAAGAUGGCAUUGGUGAUCCUAGUGAGAAGGAUUUGGAGAAGGACUAGGCUUUCUCCUCUAUCUCAUUACCCUUGACAUGAUCAACCUUUGUCUGAAAACAGUUGUGAUGCUCUUGUUUAUAUGGUAGAAUAAUAUUACUCAGCGCCAAUUACCUGCAU